AUGGUCAAUCGGUCGGUGGACCGCACAGUUGAGAUGGUGAAGAUGUUGACAGAUACGGUGAAGGAACAGAAUAAAGCUCUUGAACGGUUUGCCGAAAGGUUAGAUAGGAUGGACGGGACUAAGGUCACCAGGGAUGCGGAAAUACAGACGAUUGAACGUGAGGAUAGGGACAGGGAACGGAGUCGAGACAGAUGGGUUAGACAAGACAGGAGUAGGAGUGACCACGGACGAGAGAGAAGCAGGAGGCAGAGUUCAGACAGGGGCAAUAUGAACAGGCGAAGUACCGACAGAAGCAGGACGAACAGGCGGAGCACAGACAGGAGUAGGACGGACAGCUGGCAAGAGGACAGGAGGAGCGACACGGACAGACGGAGUAGCGUCGAGAUAAGAACAGACAGACGGCCGAAUGACAGAGAUGAAGAACGACACAGGUUUAGUAGGACGAGGAAUGAGAGGGAGUAG